CUCACAAUGGCGUCACGCUUGGCACGAAGCGCCGUCGGCGCUCCCCUCCUCCGACCCGUCCUCGCCCGCCGAGCCGCCCCUGCCAUCUCCGCCGCCGCCGUGCGAUUCAACAGCAAUGUCCCCGCCGAGGAGCCCAAGAAGAAGGCCCAGAGCCUCAUCGACGCCCUUCCCGGAAACAGCCUGCUCAGCAAGACGGCCAUCCUGAGCUCCGCCGCCGGUCUCUCCAUCUACGGCAUCUCCAGCGAGUACUACGUCAUGAACGAGGAGACCAUCAUCGCCAUCUGCCUGCUCUCCGUCUGGGGUGGUCUGAUCAAGUACGGUGGCCCUGCCUACAAGGAGUGGGCCGAGGCGCAGAACAACAAGAUCAAGAACAUCCUCAACAGCGCCCGUGCCGACCACACCGAGGCUGUCAAGGGCCGCAUUGAGGACGUCAAGCAGAUGGGCAGCGUCGUCGAGAUCACCAAGAACCUGUUUGAGGUUUCCAAGGAAACCGCCAAGCUCGAGGCUGAGGCUUUCGAGCUCGAGCAGAAGACCGCCCUGGCCGCCGAGGCCAAGAGCGUCCUUGACUCCUGGGUCCGAUACGAGGGCCAGGUCAAGCAGCGACAGCAGAGGGAGCUUGCUCAGUCUGUCAUCGCUAAGGUCCAGAAGGAGCUCGAGAACCCCAAGGUCCUCCAGCAGAUCCUCCAGCAGAGCGUUGCCGACGUUGAGAAGAUCGUCGCCGCCAAGCAAUAGAUGACCAACCGCCGCUAGAGUCUCGAUCACUAGAUUCCACAGUUUCCCUUUGUACCCCUUUUGUGUCAUAAAACAACACCUGUGCAUUAGCCGAAUCAAUCAAGACCCUAGUUCCUUCACUGCUGGAAAGCUAUUGUUGCCUGUGAGAUACGUCAAGAUAGGGUCAAUUGCGUUUCAAUUGGGUUUGUCGGAGCUAUAAUUUGCUCUUCGGGAAAGGUCGGGAUCUCCGAUAUCGCCUAUCCUAUCUUCCGAGUUGAGCGAAAAAUCAAAACAAAUAUCAACACGAUGUCGUCUAUUUUCG